AUGGAACAGCAAGUAUUUUGGUGGAUUUCUUUUCUUUGGAUUUUUAAUUGUGUUAAAGCACAGGAUGAAACAGGGUGUUUUUGUAUUGACCAAAUGACUGAUGGAUGUAACGAAUGUAAUGAAGGAUGUUUUAAAAAUCUAGGUGAGUGUAAAAAAUGUCCUGACUAUUGUAUUUCAUGUACAUCAAAAAAGACAUGUUCACGGUGUUAUGAAGGAAUGAUGUGGAAUGGGACUCAAUGUGUUACAUGUGACAAUUAUUGCCGAAAAUGUGAUAAUCAAAAUUAUUGUAGUGAAUGUGAAGAAGGGAAAUACCUUCAAAGUGGUUCUUGUUUAUUUUGUAAUAAAAUAUGUGAUAGUUGUGAUAGCCUUAAUAGUUGUACUUCAUGUAAUUAUUUAGAAGAUCUUGUGUAUUUAAAUCAAACAUGUGUUUUUUGUAAUUCAAUUAUUUCUCAGUGUAUUUCCUGCUUAUCAAAUAUACAAGGUGAGCCAUAUUGUAUUUUAUGUAAAACGGGUUAUUAUGCAAAUGAAGGAAUAUGUCAAAAAUGUGAUUCUACAUGUGGAAUGAGUGGGUGUUAUUCUGAAGGGUGUUAUGAUUGUAUUGAUGGUUUUGUUUUAGAAGAAAAAAAAUGUAUUUCUAUUGAUAAUGCACAUUGUUUAAAAGCUACAAAAAGUAAAUGUGAAGAGUGUAUUGAUUCAUACCAUUUAUAUAAUGGGACUUGUAUAAAAAUUAAAGACUCUAAUAAUGAACAUAUAACAGUUAUGUUAAAUAAAAUUAAUUUAGAAAAUAACUUAAAUUAUUUAACAUAUCAAGAAGAAGAAAUAAUAUUUAAUACACCACUUAAUUUAUUAAAUGGAAUUAAUAAUUCAAAUUAUAUGAUUCCAAAUUGUUUAAACACUACAGUUUUUAUUGAUCAAGUUAUUUGUUUAGUAUGUGAAUAUGGAUAUUAUCCAAUGAAUAGUUUAUGUUUAAAAAAUCAAGAAAAUGGACAUUGUCUUAUUCCUUUUAAUACAAUGAAUUAUUAUGAAGGAUCAUCUUCAAGAUGUUUACAAUGUAAAGAAGGAAUAACAAUGAUUAAUAAUUAUUGUAUUUAUGUUCCUCAUUGUAUAAAAUAUAAUUAUGAAGCAUGUAUUGAAUGUGAAACAAAUUAUAUUCUUUAUAAUGAAUUAUGUUUUUCAAUGAAUUUAUUUUAUUGUGCUGAAACAAAUGGAGUAAAUUGUACUACUUGUAUAGCUGGAUAUUUAUUAAAUUCCAUUUCUAGUUGUGAACGUUCUAAUAUAACUAAUUGUAUUAGUUAUAUUACAAAUUCUAAUUGUUGUUCAUUGUGUUCAAAUAAUAAAAUGAUUUCUAGUUGUGAAUGUGUUGAAUGUAAUAUUCCUCAUUGUUUAACAUGUUCAGGCGAACAUGAUAAUUCAUGUAGUAUUUGUGAAGAAGGAUAUUAUUUAACAAAAAAUAAACAAUGUCAAUCUUGUGCAGAUAAAUAUUUAAAUUGUUUAGUCUGUAGUGAAGAAGGGUGUGAAUUAUGUCAAUCACCAUUUAUACUAAACGAUAAAAAAGAAUGUAUUUUAUGUUCUAGUAUUAUUUCUUCAUGUGAACAAUGUAAUUUAAAUGAAUGUUUUGAAUGUGAAGAAGGAUAUUAUUUAGAGGAUUCUUCAUGUAAAAAAUGUGAAGAAAAAGUUUUACAUUGCAGUAUUUGUGAUGCAAAUAAAUGUAGAGUAUGUCAAGAAGGAUAUUUUCUUGAAUCAAAUCAAUGUAGAAGAUGUUCUGAAAUUGAUGGUUGCAUUGAAUGUGAUACUAUGAAACGGUGGUGUUUAAAAUGUUCAUCAGAAUAUUAUUUAAAUACAAUAACACACUUAUGUGAAAAUUGUUCUCAGAAAACAAUUGGGUGUUCAAAAUGUGAUGCAUCAUUAAUGUGUUUAAGUUGUGAAAAUAAAGAAAUAAAUAAAGCAAAUGAAUGUUAUAUAUCAAGGAAUAAUUGUAUCAAAAUAAAUGAAUUAGAACAAUGUAUAGAAUGUGAAAAAGGAUAUAUUUUAAGAAAUGGAAAAUGUAAGAAAUAUGAAAAUGAAAAUUAUUGUUUAUCAUAUUAUCAUGAUCAUUCAUUUGGAUGUGAAGAAUGUAUUAAUUCAAUUUCAAAUUCUGGUAUUUGUUCCACAAAUGAUAGAAAUGAAAGUUGUUAUUUUACAUUAAAUAAUGAAUGCAUUAUUUCAAAUUCAAUAAAAUAUAAACAACCAGAAAAAUGUAUAGAUACACAUUGUAUUAUUUGUUCUUCUUCUAAAGAAUGUUUAUUAUGUGAAAAGAAUUAUUUUUUAAAUAAUAAAUUUGAAUGUGAAUUAAUAGACAAUUGUCAAAAUAAUGGUAUAAAUCAAUGUAUUCAAUGUAAUUCAUCUUAUUAUCUAUUAGAGGGUCAAUGUAAAAAAUGUCAAAUUCAACAUUGUUUAGAAUGUAAUAAAAAUGGUGAAGAAGAAUGUAUUCAAUGUGAUAAUGAUUAUAUUCUCUAUAAUAAUCAAUGUAUUUAUAAAAAAGAUUUUCAUUGUAAAAUAAUUUCUUCUUCUCAUUGUAUUAGUUGUGAUAGUGGAUAUUUUAUUUCAACAAUAGGUGUUUGUGAAAAAAAUUCUCAAGAAGAUUGUUUAAUACAAAAAGGAAGUCAAUGUGUUCAAUGUAAAACUACAAAUUUAAUACAUCUGCCUAAUGGAACAAGUUAUUGUAGUUCAACAAAAAAGACUGAUAAUUGUCAAAUAGAAUCAGUAUUUGGAUGUCAGAGAUGUAAUUUGGGAUAUUUUUUAUAUGAUGGACAAUGUAUAAGUUGUAAUAUUAAUUGUGCUAAAUGUAUAAAUAGAUUAGAAGAAUGUGUUGAAUGUUCAUUUGGAUAUUUAUAUAAUUCUACAUCAAGAAUAUGUACUACACUUAUUGAAGCAAAUAAAGGUUGUCUUCAUUUUUUACCAAAUAAAAAAGGAUGUGCAAUAUGUAAAAAAGGAUAUUAUUAUGAUAAAAAAAAUUAUAGAUGUAAUAAAUGUGAUAUAUCAUGUUUACAAUGUAAUGAUGAAAGUAGUUAUUGUAUCACAUGUGAUGGUUCAAAAGGAUAUUAUAAAUCAUUGGAUAAUAGCUGUCAACUUGUUUCUACUAUACUUCAUUGUAAAACAUUUGAAAAAGAUCAUUGUACUUCGUGUCAAAAUGGUUAUUAUCUUGAAAAUAAUAGGUGUCUUGGUUGUCAAUUAGGAUGUGGAUUAUGUGUUUCUAACAAAGGUUGUAUUGAAUGUUUAGAUCAAUACGUUUAUAGAAAUGCUACUCAAGAAUGUAUAUAUUAUAGAGAAAUUUCAAGAUGUAUUGAAUAUUCUGCUCAUAAAUGUUCAAAAUGUACAGAAAUAUAUACACCAUCAACUGCAGGUGAUGAAUGUGUUUAUUCUUUAACUUUGCUUGCCAUUAUUGGAACACCUUCAAUUACAUUUGUUCUAUUAUUUUUAUUUGCUCUUGUAAUUAUAGUUAUAUUAAUACUUUAUGCUCAUCGAAGAGAUCCAAAGAAAGAGUCAUGGGAAUGUAAAGAAAUCAUUUUUGAAGUUAAAGAAAGUUCAAUACAUUUACUUAAAUUACCUGAAAGUAAAGUACUAAUUAGUUCUUUGUGUAUUGAUUAUACUAAUUCUGGAACUCAAGUAAUUAGUGUAAAUGAAAGAACUAAAAUGAAAUAUUUUAUCGCAAAUAAACGUUCUAAAUUAAUUCAAUUAAGAUAUUUGGGGAUUCAAAAUGAUAAUUUUGAAAUUAAAGUUGAACCAAAUAUUGCUGCUCUCAAAGAAGGUUUUGCAGUUGAGUUAACUAUUUCAGUUAAGCCAAAUUGUUCAUGUUCAUUUAAUGGAUUACUUCCUUUUGCACGACUAAAUAUGAAAACUGGUGAAAUGACUUUCUUUAAUAUUCCAAUUAAAUUUGAAACAGAAAGAACAAAGAGGUUAGCACACAAUGAAGUGUCUCGUAUUAAACUUAUUGGUGAAAGUAUUUUUGGGACAACAUAUAAAGCAAAUUAUAAUGGUAAAAUAGUUGCAAUGAAAAAUAUCAAAAUACUAAAACAAGAAGUUGACAUGACUGAAGUAUUUCUUAAAGAUGUUGUUACAUUUGAUAAAUGUAGUCGAGGAAGAUUUAUUACAGAAUUUAUUGGGGCAAUAUUCCAACUCAAUAAAUUGGCUAUUGUAACAGAAUAUGCUCCAUUAGGAAGUCUUAAAGACUUGAUGAAAGAAAAAAAAUCAAAUCAAGUUGGAAUGGAAUUAAGGUAUAAAAUAUUACAUGAUGCUGCACUUGGUAUUUUAUUUCUCCACAAUAAAAACUUAAUGCACUGCGAUUUAAAACCACAAAACAUAUUAAUUUAUUCAUACAAUUCUCUUAAUGAGACAAAUGCUAAAUUAACUGAUUGCGGGUUUAAAAGAAGCAGUGACAUGGUUACUUCAAAUGCAUCUUUUUGUAACAAAAUUGUUAAUGUUGAAUAUGUAGCACCAGAAGUAUUAAAAAAAGACUUAUAUUUAACCUCUGCUGACAUAUAUUCAUUUGGAAUGAUUAUGUUUGAAACAGUUCAUUGGGAACCUCCUUUUCCAAAAAAACUUUUUCCUUAUGAAUGGACUAUAGCUAGAUUUGUUACAGAAGGUAAACGUCCAUCAUUCAAAAAACAAGUUGACAAUUGGACAGUUGAUUUAAUAAAUUCAUGUUGGAACCAAAGACCUUUUGAACGUACUCAUGCAAAAAGUAUUGUGUCAAAAUUAGAGAGUUGUUGUAUUCAUUAA